CAUGGUUAAACGGAUUCGUGCUUUACGAUUGGUCGUGACGCACACCGAUCCUUGAUAGGUCGUUCCUUCCAACUCUGGGAUUUUCCUGAUUCCCGUCCUCGUGCUUUUAUAUCGGUUCGGUAUGCGCGUUUCACAGUGUGACGCUCGUCUUCGAUCUGGCCUUAUGGUUCGGUAAUAUUUUUUCAUUCGCUCUUUCAGUCCACGUUUAACUUUCGAAGCGAAAAGCAUUAACCGGACAGGACUUAACAUGUGGCUACGGAAUUGGUUGAUCGUGUGCCUUAUUCCACUAGCAAUGGCAACUCAGGCAGUUGACAAUGAAGCACUCCGUGCUGUUUCACAAGGCACAAAUGAAUUUUCAUCAUCGCUAGUUCAGGCUGUAACAGAGGAGAAUCAAGGCAAUCUUAUAAUGUCUCCUAUUAGCGCAGCUAUUGUUCUUGCUAUGGCUUCUUAUGGCGCUCGUGGAGAAACAGAAAACCAAUUUAAAAGGGUUCUUCAUUUGCCAUCCCCGGAGAGUCUUGGUACAGCUGGUUAUCAAGCACUCAUCGAUAGCCUCAAUAACGUUAAGGAAAAUAAACUUAGCGUUGCAAAUAAAGUUUUCGCAACUGACAAAUUUCCUGUAAAACCAGCUUAUCAACAAUUGACAGCAAGUUUCUUCCGUUCUGCUACUCAAUCGGUAGACUUUGCCAAAUCUGUAGAAGCUGCAAAUAUUGUCAACACGUGGGUUCAACAAAAUACAAAUAAUCUCAUUAAGAGCAUCGUUAAUCCUGAUGAUUUGAGUUCGGAUACAGCAUUAGUACUUGUGAAUGCUGUAUAUUUCAAGGGUCAAUGGAAAAAUAAAUUCAAUUCUAACUUUACUAAACCAAUGCCAUUCCAUAUUAAUGAGAAUACAGUACGAGAUGUUCCUACUAUGUACAGACAAGGCUCCUACAAGCAUGGCAAUAUUGAAAGUUUGAAUGCACAAUUUAUUGAAAUACCAUACAAGGGAGGUGAAUUGAGCAUGGUUAUAAUUCUUCCAAAUGAAAUUAAUGGUUUGGCCGAGUGCGAAAGAAAAAUGCGAGAUAUGAAUAUGAAUGAUAUAUUAAAUCAAGGAUAUUCACGCGAUGUGCAAUUAUUUUUGCCGAAAUUUAAGAUCGAAAGCAAAAUAGAUCUCAGAAGUGUUCUAAUCAAGUUGGGUCUAACUGACAUGUUCACCACGCACGCUAAUUUCUCUGGAAUGGCUGAUGGUCCCUUGGCUGUUAGCAAAGUUGUACAAAAGGCAUUUAUCGAAGUGAACGAGGAAGGUAGCGAAGCUGCUGCUGUAACUGGUAUCGGUGUAAGGCCUCUUUCGAGUUUUUGGUCGCCGCCGAAGCCCAUUGUGUUCCACGUCAAUCGACCAUUCCUGUCGAUCGUUAAAUAUUACCAAAUGAUAUUGUUUAUAGGGAGUAAAUAUUAGACGAUAGCAUUUCUCCCUAAUGAAAAAAGCACAGUCAAUUUCGAUUUUGUAUGAUAUUCUACUAUUUGUCGAUUUAAGCGAGAGAGAUUUGAAAUUUUUUAACCAUUUUCCCCCUCUCUUUACAUCUACAGUUCUCGAAAUUAAAUUAGAGGUGAUCAUAUACCACUAACUUGCCAAUAUUAAUAUAAGUCGCUGAACUGCUUCGACUAAUUGAAAUAAAUAUCUUUUAUUUCAUGUCGAAAAGAUUAUCACUCGUGUUGCAUUUCAUUGAGAGCUUAAGACUUGUCAGCAUUAUCCAAUUCAUAAAUUGACGAAGAUACUAUAAAACAAACAAUAAUUAAUUCUUAUACUGCCAUUUACGCCUGCGAUAAUUUAAUUUUUAUGAGUAUUAAAUAUCAUAAUUUUGUCUUUGUCCUGUUUCAUUACAGAUUUUCACCUCUUAUUUAAACAAAUUCAUUACUCGCGACAAUUGCACAUAUAUAUUUAAAUUCAGUAUACUCGCUCGAAUAAUAAUCUUCCUUUAAUAAUCACAAAAAACAGAAGUCAAACUCUUCGCAUUUAUUGUAGUAUCUAUUUUAUAAAAACGAUAUUUUGAUAAGGUUUGACCUACUUUUAUAAACAAAAUUUUUAUAAUGCCAUGUUGCCUUAUAGAUUUAAGGAAAGAGCAUUCCACUGACAAUUAUUUAUAAGAUUUUGUAAUUCCAUAAGAAGUAGUUGUGUUUUUUGUAUUGCAUACACAAACAACAAGAUCAAAUGCUUUUAAGGUCAUAUACUAUUUGUAAUUUUAACAAGUUAACUAGAAUUUGUAUAGAAUAUGUGAUAUUGAAUAAAUAGUACAGCAUUUUAUAAUGA